UUUCUCCAUUUUGGGUUUUCUAUAGAUCCUUUAAUUUCUCUUAGCAAUUAAGCUUUUAUAUACUAUAUCAUAUACUUAUAUAUAUGUUCUUCUUUUCUUAGCAUAUAUUAGUUUAUAUAAAUUCUUGUUAAAUCUCUCUUAUUUUUGUCUAAGUAUUGUUGAUCCUUGUUUAUUUGAGAUCAAUCAAUCCUUGCCACCUUAUUUUUUUUUAAUUUUUGUUUACACUAAAGUUUUUUUUUCUUCUUUCAAUGGAAUCAACUCCAUCAAUUAGCAAAAACUAUGGUAGAGGUUUGAAGAAAAGUAUUAAUAGGACAUUUUCAUCAACCCCUUGUGAAAAUCUUGCACCAAUUAAUUAUCAAAAUGGUAUUUUACAAACUCCUCCUAUUUUAUAUCAAUCAUUUCCUCCAUUUUUAGUUCAUCAAAAACAACCCCCUCUUCUUCCUCUUCCAAUUUCCAAAUCUAAUGUUCAUCAACACUACAAUAAUUAUGUCAAUACUUUGUCCCAAAAUAGGGCAUUUUCUCUCCCUCCUACCAAUAGAAAAUUCAACAAGUCAAAGAAAUCAAGUCCUAAGCCAAAAUCAUCAAAAGUUGUUCCUUUGGAUAGGACCGAUAAAAUUGAAACGAUACAGAAAAAAUCUGUUAUGGUUUCAUCUACUAACCCUUUGGGUCCGGAUCCGAAGGAUCUACCCAAAGAUGUUGCUAUGGUUUUUCCUAUGUCAGGUGGAAAAGAGCAUUCAAUCGUUGCACUAAGUUCGAAUUAUGUGCAGAAUUCGAUAAAAUAUGAUGCUAAUAGAAACCAAUUAAGCAUAUUGCACAUGACAAGUGAAAAGGUACAAUCUGUCUGUGGUGCACUAAGCUCUGGCUUUGCGCAGAAUCCAAUAAAGAAUGAUGCUAAUAGUUCCAUGGUGUUUAAUACUACUAUUUCUCCUCCACCAAGCAGCUUGCCUUUGCCCACUUUUUCAUUGAGGCCAAAGCAGCUUAGUUGCAACGCCGAGGCGGCUACCGGAGUUGAUACCGGAGCUACUGACAAUCUCCGGCGACUACUUAGACUUAGAUGAAGUGUUAAAUGUUAAAUUGCGCAUUAAU